AAUAUCACUUCCCCUAAAUUGACUACCUCAGUCAAAUUCAUUUUCUCUACAAUACAAACACUACAAUUUUUCCCCAUUCCUUUCAAUUUUUACCUCUAAUCUCACAGUCAAUUUCUCAAAAAUUUCUCAGCCGAUCUCAUGCCAAUUUCAUUACAUGCCGCGACGCCUCACCAAACGCCGACAAACCAACCCGAAUCGUCUUUUCCAUACCUCGCCAAACGUCGCGACGCCUCACCAGAUGCCGCGAUGCCUCACCAGACGCCAACAAACCAAAGACUAACCAUCAUUUCCACGCCUCGCCAGAAGUUGUCACGUCUCACCAAACCAACCGAAAUCGUCAUUUCCACACCUCGCCUUGCCAAAUGCCAUGACGCCUCGCCAGACGCCGAAAAACUACAAACAAAACUCUCGUCGUUUCCACACCUCGCCAGAAGCCGCCACGCAUCGCCAGUUGAGAAUCGAAGGCACAAGAUUCCAGAAGCUGCCCAUUUCAAAGCCCUUGGCUCUACCGUUGAGGAAGCAUUUAUGGAUUUGGUAUUGUUGGUUGAACACUUGUGGUUGGUGUUGUAUGUGAUUAACCGUGGAAUUCUUUUUCCUUGUUUCUGGAUUUUUGUAGUCCUAAAUAUUUAACAGGAUUGUAGGAGAGCUUUAGAAUGGUUUAUAAAUCCUAGAUAGAAGCUGGGUUCAGUUCAUAGUUGCGUUUAAUUCUGUUCGACUGGUUUGGUUCUUGUAUGUUGGCAUUUUAGUUAAUACUGCUGAACUUUGGGAGUAUGUAUUUUGUGCCAAAUAUUUGCCUUUUCUGUUCUGUUUUUAACUUCUGGUGCACUAACUUGAUAUAUCUUCCCAGGUCAAUAAUAAAAGAUUCAAACAUAUAUAAUUUUGGUAACUAUUUUGGCAGGUAGUCGUGCCCUCUCAAUGGAAUUAUUUGCUUGUCUUUUGGAAACUAUUUUAGGCAGGUAAUUGUGUUGUUGCAGAAUUUGCAUGAUUGCAGGUUUUGAAGGUUCCGAGAGAUUGCUACAUUUCGGGUAGUUUGUGCAGGUUUGUUAGUUUUAUGCUUUUUGCAUUGUGUGCAAUUUCUAAAAGGUUGUUGCAGUUUGUAUAGGUUGUCCAGUGUGUAUUUGCUAACGAGAGUUUUCUGCAGUUUGUGCAACUUUUGGUUGUUGGUUACAGAAUGUGUAGCAAGUAAUGCAGUAUUUUGCAGGAUUAUGAUGCAAUUGUGUUGUUGCCGAGGGAGUGCUUUAACUUGGUCAAAGAUGCAUCAAUUUUUGUAGUUUUUGUUUGCUCUGCCUGAGAGAUUUUGUACUGGUGUAGCUUGUGCGUGUGUGCAGUUUUUGAAGCUGCUGCAAUUGUUCUCUGCCUUUGGUGUUGUAUGCAGUCUUCGGGUGUCUGUUACAACUUGUGUAGUCCAUGCUGUUUGUGCUUUUUUUGUUUUCAGGAUUUCCUCCCAACUUGUACAGUGUGGAUUGCUGGUUUUGAAGCUUGUGCAACUUUUCUGGUUUGGUUUGCUGAUCCUUUUUGUAAAGGCCUUUAAGGGUUGACGUUUGGGUGCCCUUGGUUGCUUCGGUCUCUAUUGUCUUUCCUUGGUUGUCCUUGCUUUUGUAGUUUUGUCCCUUGGGAAUGCCCAAGGUUCUUGGUUUUAAUGGGGAAUCCCCUUUCUUAGGUUGCAA